AGUUGAACUGUCAGGCGAGCAGUCAGGUCUUUGGCCCUCCGAGGAGGUCUCUGUGCUCCCCUUCCUGUGUUCAGUUGUUCGGUUCAAGUGGACGCCAGUCUUGCAAGUCCACUGUCAGUAUGUCGCCGUCCACGUCUCCGCUGUUCUUCACGGAGAGGGAGGUGGCCCGCCACAGGACCAAGGACUCCUGCUGGGUGCUGCUGGGGACCCGGGUGUACGACGUGACCUCUUUCUUGCGGAUGCACCCCGGCGGUGAGGCGCUGAUACUUGGGCGGUCAGGCAAGGACGUUAUCCGGGAGAUGGAAGGUCCCCCGCACCGGCACUCCGAGAACGCCCGGCUGUGGAUGGAGCAGUACUACAUCGGGGAGCUGGACAGAGACAGCGGCGCCGACGAGGCACAGACUCUGAGAGAGAGGAGGAAGGCCGGCGAGCAGACGGCCGGAGAGACGGGAGACGAGACGGGAGAUGAGCCGGCGAAAGAGGAGGACGAGAAGGCCGAUUACAACCGCUGCAGCUCCGUGGACCUGGACAAGGUGUGUGUGUGUUUCUGUGAGAGUCCCAGCAUCUCUUUUUGUUUAUGUGUGUGUGUGUCAUAUUGCUGUGUGCUCUCUUGCUACAGGUACUGGGUACCAGUGGUGUGGCUUCCUAUUGUGUUUUAUUUCACUUGGCACUGCUACACCACCCUGGCUAAGGGCACCACCAGGCUCAACCUCACUUCAGGCAUCUCUGUCCCGAUACACAAGUACCUCUUCCCUCUGCUCUUUCUGAUGGGCUGGUUCUUGUGGUCGUUCAUCGAGUACUGCAUCCAUCGCUUUGUCUUUCACAUGAAACCGCCGGCCCACAACUACUACCUCAUCAUGCUACACUUCCUGCUGCACGGACAGCACCACAAGUGUCCGUUCGACGGCUCUCGGCUGGUCUUCCCCCCCGGCCUGGCCUCCCUGGUGGUGGGGAGUUUCUAUCUAAUCCUGUGCAGCACGCUCCCGGAGAUCCUCGGGACGUCGGUGUUCGUGGGAGGACUGUGUGGCUACGUCGUGUACGACAUGAUCCACUACUACCUUCACUACGGUUCGCCCAAGAGAGGCUCGUACAUGUACGGCCUGAAGGUCUACCAUGUCAAACACCACUUUGAGCACCAGAGAGCAGGUUUUGGAAUCACCUCCACGUUCUGGGACCACCCCUUCAACACAGUCAUCCCCAAUGAGAAGUUCUAACACAGAAACGGCUCUCCUGAAGGGCCACAGGACUUAUCAACCACCCUCCCCAGCAACCAGCCCACACGCUGUAACCACCCGGACACCCGUAGUUCAAUUUCCGCCGCCACAGCUUUCAAAACAUCAUGUGGGUGCG